AAGUGAAUAUGUGGUUGUAUCUGGUAACUACCGCCACAGUAGCCGCGCUCUGUUUGAUUGUUAAUUGCGGUAAGAAGAAGAAACCAGCGCAAUCGGCCGAACGAAUCCCGAGAAAAGAAUCCAAAGAAACAAUGGAGAAACUCACGGCUGAAUCCGACAAGAAGUCUGUUGAGCCCAACGUGCUUCAACAUCAAGUUGCUGUCGCACCUCCUCAGGUCGCACAUGCUCCAGCACCUCCUCAUCCACCGCCUCCACCUCUACCACCAGCAGCGCAACCUACACGUCCGGCACCACCGCAACCAGUCCCAUUGCCA